ACCAGGCUUCGGCGCCGUCAAGACUUCAAGACUCUCCUCAACAAUGGCCUCUCGCCCGACCGUCAACGUCCGCUCGACCUCUGGAGAGGCAUCCAGCUCGCUCCCGCUGCCUGCGGUCCUCACCGCGCCUAUCCGACUUGAUGUCGUGCAGCAGGUGCACAAGAGCAUCGCGAAGAACAAGAGGCAGGCGUACUCCGUGAGCGAGAAGGCUGGCCACCAGACCAGUGCCGAGUCCUGGGGUACCGGUCGUGCUGUCGCACGUAUCCCCCGUGUCGGUGGUGGAGGUACCCACCGCUCCGGUCAGGCUGCUUUCGGUAACAUGUGCCGUGGCGGUCGCAUGUUCGCGCCCACCAAGACCUGGCGCAAGUGGCAUGUCAAGGUGAACCAGGGCCAGCGCCGCUUCGCUACCGUCUCCGCUCUCGCGGCGUCUGCGCUCCCCUCUCUCGUCCUCGCCCGCGGCCACCGUAUCGAAGAGAUUGAGGAGGUCCCCCUCGUCGUCUCGUCGUCCGUUGAAUCGUUCAAGAAGACCAAGGAGGCUGUUACCCUCCUUCAGUCCCUCAAGGCGUACGCCGACGUCAUCAAGGUCUCCAACUCGCGCAAGCUCCGCGCCGGCAAGGGCAAGCUGCGGAACCGCCGUCACCGCCAGCGCCGCGGCCCCCUCGUUGUCUACAACGAGGACAACGGCAUCGUCAAGGCGUUCCGCAACCUGCCUGGUGUUGAGACUGUCAACGUCAAGAGGCUUAACCUCCUCCAGCUCGCGCCGGGUGGUCAUCUUGGCCGUUUCGUCAUCUGGACCGAGGGUGCCUUCGCUCUCCUUGACGAGGUCUUUGGCACGUUCGACAAGCCCGCUGUCUACAAGAAGAACUACGUGCUCCCGACCGCGAAGAUCAGCAACCCCGACGUCACUCGCCUCAUUAACAGCGACGAGAUCCAGUCGGUUGUCCGCCCCGCGGGCCCCAAGCAGCAAAAGCGUCCCUGGACGCAACACAAGAACCCGCUUGUCAACAAGGGCGCUCUGUUCCGCCUGAACCCCUAUGCCAAGACCAUCCGCCGCCAGGAGCUUCUCAAGCAGGAACGCGUCAAGGCACAGAAGGACAAGAAGAAGGCAAAGAAGCCGAAGGCCGCUGGCGAGACCUUCCUCAACACGCUCUUCGCUUCGUGAGCGAGAAUGAACGGACGAAGGGCGGGUCGUCGCUAUGCGUCGUGGCACUUAUGAUCAAUGCUUCCGUUGUUACUACACUUACCAUGUCUCAUAACGCGUAUGCCAUUUAUUGUCAUAGUAUGCAAACA